AUGAGUAAUAUAUUACCCACCACUACUAACUUACUUAUAAAGAGGGUGGAAAUUGAUCUGACAUGUGCAAUGUGCGGUUUAAGGCAUGAGGAUAUAAUGCACUCAUUAGUGUUGUGUGACUAUGUAAAAGCCAUAUGGAGCCAAUCUAGCCUUCCAAUUCCCCAAAUUGUGACAAAUGUUUUUAAUGAAUGGUUUGGAACAUUGUUAGAUGUUCUAGAUUCUGAUGCAAUAUUGUUUGCAGCUGCGAUAUUAUACAAUAUUUGGAGGGCCCGGAACGAAGCGGUGUGGAAUGCUUAUCUACCAAUGCCCAAGAAAGUCCUAGCCACGGCCUUAGCCGUUAUGAAGGCAUGGCAGCGUUUACAUGCCACUACCGACCAACCGAGUGCUGCUCACCAACAUCCCACGCUACUGCCGCAUGUUACAAUACCGGCCAGCUCUGCCGUGUUGAUGCAACAACAGCCGCCACCGCAACAUGCCGAAGACCAUCUACCCCAACCAAGACGGUGUCACACCGAUGCCGGAUAUCACCCGUCGACCAUGACGGCCACCGCUGGAGCAGUGUUGUUCACCCACACUGGCAAUUAUAUAUCAGCUUUUUGUGCACCUCCGCAAAGUUGCUUCUCACCACUUAUGGCGGAUGCUAUGGCAUGCAAAGAAGUAUUAUCGUGGCUCAAGAACCGGGGGGAACAAUCAGUUAACCUCUUCACAGAUUGUCAGACACUACUCUCCUAUUUGUCGUCAGCUACUAUCCAGGCACGAUCCUAUCUUGGUUACGCCCUGGAAGACUGCAGAAACUAUUUAAAUAUGCUUGAUUAUUGUUCGGUUAAUUUUAUCUCUAGAUCGCAAAAUACCUUAGCUCAUACUUUAGCAGCAGCUGCUUUUAAUUAUACAGUACCGAUGUACUGGGACAAUGUCCUGACUCUAUUUUGA